AUAUAUAUGAAAAAAUGAUUAUCAAAACAAGUUAAAUCCGCCAAAACUGAUUUUUAUCUGCCAAGAAUUAUAGUAUUUUGUUGUAUUCCUUCUCGUGUGGAAUUUUUAAUUUCAUAUCAUUUUGUUUUUCCCUAUAUCAGCUGCUUUUAAUUAAAAAAGAAAAAACGUUGCUGGGUUUUUAAACAAAGUUUUUAAAAUAGAAAAGGAUGUAUUGUAACCUUGGCAUUCGUUGUAUAAGCCGUCACAAGAAGCUGUGUUAAAACCGAGUACAUGUGAAAAUGGUAAAUAUUACGCACAACUGUACGAAUACAAUACAACCAUCAGACGACCAAGCUGGUGACGCUGUAUGGAUCCUCACAAGUGCCUUUAUCAUCUUUACAAUGCAAAGUGGAUUUGGUCUGUUAGAAGCAGGAACUGUAUCCUCAAAGAAUGAGACAAACAUUAUGGUCAAAAACGCAAUUGACGUCAUAUUUGGAGCACUCGGAUACUGGGUGUGCGGAUUCGGUUUUAGUUUUGGCAAUGUUGAACAAUAUGCGAACGGAUUUUCGGGCUUCGGUUAUUUUCUUACUGAUUCAUCGGAUGAGAAAAAUUUCGGAAAUGUAUACGCGAAGUAUUUUUUUCAACUUUCCUUCGCAACUACGGCCACGACAAUAGUAUCAGGCGCGAUGGCCGAACGUACCAACUUAAAAGCUUACAUUAUUUUUUCAUCCGUCAAUUUUUUGUCUUAUGUAUUUCCCGCUCAUUGGAUUUGGGAUAAACAAGGCUUCUUGAAUCAGUUGAAUGUAAUUGAUGUUGCUGGGUGUGGUCCGGUGCAUAUCGUUGGUGGAAUGUGUGCGCUCGUGGCAACCUUAAUGCUUAAACCAAGGACUGGGAUCUUUGUGAAAGGGAGUGAAGAAAGGCGAAUGGCUUCACCAACAAACGUUGUUCUUGGAACUGUUAUGUUGUGGUGGGGAUGGCUUGGUUUCAACUGCGGUUCCACUUUUGGUGUGAGCGGUACUAAAUGGAAACUUGCAUCUCGCACUUCAGUGACCACCAUUAACGGAUCGAUCGGUGGAGGGAUGUGGUCCGUACUUUAUUCUUAUUGUCUUACAAAAAAGUAUAAUGGAAAACUAGAUGUGGGAGAGUUUACAACUGGAAUACUUGCGGGGUUGGUAUCUAUUACUGCAAUCUGUGCUGUCUGCAGACCAUGGGAAGCUCUACUGAUUGGCUUUAUUGGUGGAAUACUUGCUUCUUAUAGUAAAAUCAUUAUGCAAUAUGCGAAAAUUGAUGAUCCAGUAACAUGUGUUUCUGUGCACUUGGUUUGUGGUGCAUGGGGAAUGUUGGCUGUUGGUUUGUUCUGUGAGAAAGAACUUUCCACAGAGUUAAGUCAAGAUUAUGGAGUAUUUAAAGGUGGACCGAUAAAAGUGUUAGGUGUUCAGUGUCUUGCUAUUUUAUGUAUAGCUGCAUGGGCUGCUUCAACCUGCUUUACUCAGCUUUAUAUAAUUAACAAACUCAUUCCAAUACGAAUGAAUUAUGAAGAAGAAAAAUUGGGCGCUGAUUACGUAGAACACGGAAUCCCUUCUGGGAAAUCUUCAACUAGUGAUCAUUCACUAUCUCAUUCAGAUCAACACGCAGAAACGAACACUGACGUAGGAAUAUCAACCGAUUGUUUGGAUCGGGAUUCCCGAACUACAAACGGGAAUUACGACUCAAUCGCCAAUGGAACUGUAAACGGAAAUUCCGAUUCAAUCGCUAAUGGAACUGCAAACAAAAAUUAUGAAAUCGAAACACUAUAACGUAGUCCAGCAACGCGUUGGAAUUUUGGCAUUUAAUGCGUUCACGUUUUUAGAAACAAGCUUUUUCGAAAACAUCAGCUUAACAACCCAAGCAAAUAUCAUUGUGAACGAUAUAAAAAAGCCGGUGCCGAAAUUGCAGACUUGAUAUAAAAAUUGUCAACUAUUCACUGUCGAAUUUAAUUUGACAAGCGUUUAACCAAUUUUAUUAACAUUUUUAAAUUUCCGAAGUUAAUUUUUGAGCAAAACCUCUGUUGCUUAGCAUAGGCCAAUCCCUCAGAUUUGCGCUUUUUAUGAUGUUCGGGGGGUAUUUUAGGGACAAAACGUCUUUAAAGCUUAAUUAGCACCACUACACACUGUCUAAACUUGACCCAGUGUAAUUAUAUCCUUAACUUUUGUGACUGCUAUAACAUUUUACCCAUUUAGCUCAUAAUAAGCAUGACGUCAACAACUUUAAGCUUGAUUGUGUUUUUCGCAAAAGUAUACCCCGCCUGGUUAACCCAUAUUCAAUUUCAUAUUAACCUAAAAAAGUAUUACCCACUUCAUCCAUUAAAUACCUAGCAAUAACAUUUUGGCAUUUCUUAUGACAAUAGCGAAAAAUUUAAAGAUGUCCCAAGUUAUUUGUCAUGCAAAAUUAUUCAUCGACUUUGAGUGAAAAAUGUUUGAGAAAUUCAAGAUUAGGAGUGACGGGAGACUGGUUGUCUUUCCAACAUCAUAGUUAAAAAAAACUGCGAUUAUCAAUGAUAUUUCACGCAUGUUAUCUUUGAAUAUUGGUUAACCCCCACCCCUUUUCUGUAUUGCACUGCUUCAUGUUCAGCUGCUUGAUAAAGAACGUUAAUUCAUAUAUGUAAUAACCUGCACGCUUUUACAUUUCGACAAGCCUUCCAUUCUUCAUUAAAGAAACAUAUAGCCGUUCUAUAAUAAUUAUCGGCUGCAAAAAAGAAGUAUUUUUGACCAAAAAAGCUAAAAAAGAAAAUUUCACCUCUAUAAUUUUUUUUGUCACAAAUGGGUCAGUCUUAAAAUGGAUUCGUUGUCGAUGAUGGUGAUAAACUAGUGGAAGAAUGUGUAAAUUUAAUUUCAAAGAAUCUUUGAAAUAUAAGCCAUUUCACUAAACUUAGACUGAAAUACCGUAUUGAAUCGUUGCUCGUAUCAUUACGGUACCUAAAUUACCCUAGCUUUUUUAACAUAUCCAAAUUAGCUACAAAAUUAUCGAGAAAAAGCUAACGCUAACUCCCACAUAGUACAAAGUCAUUUGAGCAGUUAUGAAUAACGUGGUGGAUAUUAUGACAUAUUAAAUCGAAUAAAGGUUCUUUAAACACCUGUUUUUGAAUCUGGUAAAGACUCUCACCUAAUUUUUUUUCUGCCAUAACGACAACUUUUUACUAGUAUGUAGUUGCAACUACUUGCCGCCCUUGUUUACCCUGAUACGACAGUUGUUCUUUCAAAGAUAAUACAUAUGCACCCCUUAUUUUCCAAAGCGUUGAUUAGCCCCAACACCAACCUUGACCCCAGGGUUGGUUCUCUUUUUAUAACCCCGGGGUUGAGGUUGCACCAGCACGCGAAGUGCACAAUGAAAGGAUA